AGAUUAUGAUUGGGUUUACUGUCUGUCGCUGACCAGUAUUUUUUUUCUUCUUUAAAAUACAAAAACGGUGCUUAAUGUUUUGAGGGAAAUGUCUGCAUGGUUCUCUCUCAGCAACAGAAAAGUAAUCAUGUGAAGUGCGCUCAGAGGCCAGCCUGGCGGGUUGCAAACAUCAGAAAACAGUGUGUCAAUAAAAAACCUGGCCUGCCAGGAGUUGGUGUGUGCUGGUACUGUGUGACCCCUCCCCAUGGCCAGUGGUCUGUGUGGAGCGGCUGGCAGCUUGUUGCUCAGCAGCGCCCCCUGGGGGCUGGGCGGGAGAAGCAGGAGGAUGAUGACGUUGUGGACACAGGGCCGCGAGGUGUUCGGCGCGGCGGUCAGCGCGGUGCUCCCCGAGAACAUGAUGCGUGGGAGCCUGGCUCUGCGGGGAGAGUGCCUCCUGGUGGACGUUAGGAGCUUCGCGCCCACGGGGAACGUGCACCUGGUGGGCUUCGGCAAGGCUGUGCUGGGCAUGGCGGCCGCGGCAGAGAGGAUUCUGGGAGAUCACCUGGUCAGGGGUGUGGUCAGUGUGCCCCACGGGAUUCAGGAGGCUCUGAGGCAGGCAGGCAAGGGGGAGAUGCUGCUUGGCCCUGACAGCCGGAUCACAGUGCUGGAGGGAGCGCGGCACAACCUCCCAGACAGAGACGCCAUGGAGGCUGCCAGCGCCAUCAGAGAGCUCGCCAGCGGGCUGACAGAGCAAGACCUGCUCCUGGUGCUCAUCUCCGGGGGGGGCUCUGCCCUCCUACCCGCCCCCACCCCCCCGAUCACCCUGGAAGAGAAGCAGAGUCUGACCCGGCAGCUGGCCGCCCGGGGAGCCACCAUCCAGGAGCUGAACACCCUGCGCAAGGCGCUGUCUCAGCUCAAGGGAGGGGGGCUGGCCCGCUGCGCUCACCCUGCACAGGUGGUGAGCCUGAUCCUCUCCGAUGUGAUCGCUGACCCCCCGGAGCUCAUCGCCAGCGGCCCCACGGUUCCCAGCCCAGCCGAUCCGGGGGAGUGCUGGGCAAUCCUGGAGAGAUACGGGCUCCGCUCCUCGCUGCCCCAGUCCGUGCGGGACGUCCUGUCGGGGUUGGGGGGCGCGGGGACGGGGCAGGGGCAGGCAGGCUCCAGGCUCGUGCACAACGCCAUCAUUGGCUCCAACGCGCUGGCCCUGGAGGCAGCCUCGGCCCGGGCGCGGGAGCUGGGCUUUCUGCCCGUGGUUCUGUCCCCAGCCGUCUGCGGGGAGGUCCAGGCCGUCUCCCGACUUUACGGACUGCUGGUCCGGUUUGCGAGCCAGGCUCGGUCCGAGGAGGGUGCGGAGGGGAGCCUGCGGGAGGCUAUACUGGGGAUGGGCCCGGAAGUGGGGGUCCCGGACCGGGAUCUCCUGCACACCCUGAAGGUUUUGGAGGAGUGCAGGGGGGGAGCGCUGUGCCUGCUGUCCGGCGGGGAGCCCACAGUGCAGCUGAGAGGGAAGGGGAAGGGGGGCCGCAAUCAGGAGCUGGCCCUGCGCGUGGCCGUGGAACUCGCACAGGGGGGGUCCUCCCUGCCUGCCCCCCUGGGGGUGGCAUUCCUCAGCGGGGGGACGGACGGACAAGACGGCCCCACGGACGCGGCCGGAGCGAUCGCUGACCCCCUGCUGGUGUCGGAGGCAAGGGAGCAAGGUCUGGACCCCGCGGAGUUCCUGGACAACAACGAUUCCUACACCUUCUUCACACGCCUCUCCAGGGGGGACCGGCUGAUCCGGACCAGGCUCACCGGAACCAACGUCAUGGAUGUGCACCUGGUUCUGAUCCAGGGAGAGGAGGCAGGUUCGGGAGCCCAUGCUGCUGCAGGGAGCUCAUAGGGGACCUGGGGUUACCACUGUAUUCACUGUGCAGUGGGGACUUGGUCUGCUUAUUGGAAAAAGAGGCCUUGGAGCACCCAGCUGGUACAGUGUGGAUCACCUGCAGUCCAUUCACAGGGCUGGAGAUGACUCCUCUUGCAGAGCAGUUUCACACAUUCCAGGUUUUACUACGAGCUUGAUCAGCCACAGUGUGUAGGUAACAAGCUCAGGUGUGUCUUCCUAAACUCAUAGUGGAACCAGGAAUGGAUCAAACUGCUAUGCAACGGGAGUCUUAUUUCCAUCCGCGCUCUCAAGUAAUGUACCAUGUUCAAAUUGAGUUCUUUAAAGACAUUAAAAAAAAAUACUGUUUAUGUAAA